AUGUCGCUUCCGUACCUCUACACCCAGGCCGCCAGCUUAGUCAACAUUCCGCAAGCGCUGCACACACGAACGGCUGCUAAAAUGUUCCGGGUCUCGAGGCUUGUGGAAGCCUGCGACGCGUUCCUCGGAACGUCACUGCAGUCAGCCGACGUCUGCUACGUCUUGGAGUACACGAUAGCAAAGGGAAGCACCAAGACCUUGGACAGUCUCAUCGACAAGCAUCUGAAAGAGAACGCUGGACAGGUUAUAAAGGGCAAGGAGUUCAUCGCCGCAUCGGAGGGAACCGUCCUGAGAACAUUGAAGAACCCCUGCUUGAGGUUAAGAGAAUGCGACGUCGUCGAGGCUGUUUACUCAUGGGCGACGGUGCGCUGCUCGCAAGCGAGCGACCAGACUCCGAUCACCGCUCUGCGAAGGACCAUGAGACCGUUCUUGCCGGAGCUUCGGUCGUUCUCAUUGACUCCUCUGGAGUUUGUGGAGGGCCCGUCUUGCUGGCAGAUCCUGACCAAGCGCGACACCCAGGAUGUUCUCAGCAACAUCAUUAAACCCGGAUCGGAGAGGUCACCUGAAGGCAUUAGCGCGAACAGGGAAGAGCGAACGAACCCUUACGGCUUCUCUGCACUGCCGACCAUAGAGGCGCCGCGAGUCUUCACUCUCGGCGGACCUCCAUGUUUGAAAUGACUGCUUUAUUGGCGCACGGCGUGGCGAAUCCAGAGAUUCUUGUUAUCGCCGACAGUGAGAUUUCGCCGUCAGCCUAGAAGAGCGCCGAUGAACCGAUCACGAACCACGUAAAAGAAAAAAGUCACGCCCCGCUUUUCUUUUCUUUAGUUUCCACUGACUGGAAAGGUCUUCAAAUGAAUGCCAACGCAUAAAGCCGCCGCUCCGCUGGUAAUACAUCGUUCAAAGGACUGUCUGAGGCGUGUUUUUUCAUUGAAGGUCUUACACCGGUCAUACAAGCACUGUCUGCAUACAUGUUUGAAGUAUACGUGGGUGUGAAACAAGCUUGCUUCGAGCGUGCUCAAGGCGUGCACGCAAAUAAUUCUGUCAC